GAAAACACAGAUGGUUCCUCAAGAAAGAUGGCGGAAUGCGACUGGGAAGAAAUGUUCCUUCGUAGUGAAUACGAUGGUCCAAUUUUACCGUGGGAUCGUUUUAGAAGAUGGGUUACAUGCUUUUGUAUUGUGACGUUUGACUUAGAGCUUGGUCAAGCGUUAGAGUUGGUUUAUCCCGAACAUAUUGAACUAACAGACCGUGAGAAAACAAGCAUCUGUUAUCUGGCCUUUCCUGACUCAAACUCAGGAUGCAUGGGAGAUACCCAGUUUCAUUUCCGCAUCAGAUGUAGUCCUCGUAGUUGCCAGCAGAGCCAACUUGUGACAAGAUUUGAAGAUGAAGUUCCACUAGCAUAUAGGAGUGACCCUGCUCAUUUUUAUGGCUUUGCAUAUUUCCGUCAAGUUAAAGAUCCUUCUAUUCAGAGGGGUUAUUUUCAAAAGUCAGUUGUAUUGAUUUCGAGGCUGCCCUAUGUCAACCUGUUCUCAGAAGUGGUGAGUCUCACUGAGUGUUGUAUCUUAUUCAUGUCUCCUCUCAGGGAGGGGACAGCAGUGGGAGAAGGUAGGAAAGAAGUAGAAGCUAGGGAGUGGGGGGUACAUGUUAGGGAAAGUGAGGCAAGGAGUAAAAGGAAGUGGCGAGGCAAGGGGUAGAAGGAAAGAGGGCACAGAAAUGAAGGGAUUGGGGAGAUGGAAGGAGACAUGGGUAACAAUGGAUAACAGGGGGGUGAAAGGAUAAACAUAGAGGGAGGUUGAAAGAGGAAACGGGAGAGAAGGGGUUGGGGGAUAUGGAAGGAAGAAGAAAGUAAGGACAGGUAACAGGGGUCUGAAGGUAGAUGCUGAGGGAAGAGUAGGAAAGAGGACAUGGAAGAGGA